AUGGAGAGCUCGAGCGAAGAUCAGUCCGUUGACGAGCGUCAAUCCGUCAACGAGAAUUACUCCCUAAAUGAAUACCAGUCCGUCGAUGACAACUACUCCGUCGGUGAGAACCACUCCUCCAGCGAAUAUCAUUCGGCUGAAGAGAACCACCCCGCCGAAGAAACACCACCCGGUGACCCUCAAGUUCAAAGUCACUCCUUCUUCAAAAGUCCAGCAGACAUAUUAUUCGGACCAUUCAAGAACAUCGUCUCUCGGCCGCUCCCUCCACUUCCCACCGAGGCCGAACCAAAUCCAACGACAAACGUCGAGGUCCUACUUGAAGAGCUGCUAGUGCAAGAGUCUAUAGGAGAUGUCGAGGACCUCUGCGAAGAGAGCCCUACCCUCCGCAAGGUCUUCAAAGACAACAUGGUCCAGAUCCUCCGGAAACACAUCGCCCCAGAAGCCUGGGCCGACUCCAUCUGCUGCGUCGACCGUCGCCUGAAACACCUGGGCAAGACGGCCAGAAGGACCUUUAACGAAGACUAUGCCAACGGCACCGUGGCAGACUGGCCUCCACCCACGGAAGGUAUCAUGGGAUCUAUCGCUGGUAGUGCCAGACGGACCAUCUCCUAUUACCUCUCGGCAUUCGCAGGCGCUGGCGUCCAAACGAAUACGCAGCCAUGUAUGGAACGCGGACAAUGGGACCUAACAGGCCUCUGCCAGCUCGUCAAGGUCAUCGAUAAGCUACUAGACAGGGUCUCGCAGGCUCACAAGAUAUACGCCACCUUUGAAGAAUGGGAAGACAGCUGGCAAAACCGCCGCCCAAACGACCUCCCCGACGCGAUAUGGGGCGAGCAUAUCGAAAUACUCAAACCCAAAUUCCUCGCAAGGUGCAACGACAACGGCACCGAAGACCCCGACAACAUGACCUACGCCUGGGACCGGCACACGGCCUAUGAACCAGACAGAGUACACAUAUCGGAGGGCGUCCUGAUGACCAAGACGAAUCGCGCAAAGCUCCAGCGCGCCUUCUUCCGCCUCGAGUUCAUCCGGCGAGCGUACUACCAACAACCCUUCUACCCACGCGGCGCAAAAUGGCAGAGCCGCAACGCGACGAUGAUGGAAGGCGAGAUCCGCGGCCCCGCGGGCGAAACCUACGAAACUCGCGUGGAGCGCGCCGAAGAAAUGUUCAAGCACUGGGACAAGGACGGCUUUAUCGAGGUCAUUUGCGCCUUCAAGGCCACCCUGAGCGAAUUCGUCAACCCCUACAUCGAUAUGGACCAAGUCCACCGCUUCCGAGAAGCCUACGAAACGCGGUACCAAGAGACCAAUUGGAAUGGUGAAGCCGUCAGCCUGCAGUGGGAAUGGGACCCCUACGACCUUCGCCAAGCAUUCCUCCCCGUGUGGGAUGUCCCGCACUCGGACGACUUCUUCACCCUCCGCUCGCAGCUUCUCGACGACCGCGCCGAUCUAGGCAAGCAGAUGGACGAGUGCCUCCCCGCGCCCCUCGCGCACGCCGAAUUCGACGCGUGGCAUGCCACGAUAUACCGGUCCGAACGCAUUCGCUUCGCGCCGCAGAGAAAGCGCGAAAGGGAGGAUCCUUCGCUGAGGAAGCUGGCGACCGAGGCGUGUCCCUUGCGGGCCAUGAUGCGGUUCCUGACCGUCAUGUGUAGCCUACCGCUGUCGUUCAUGGGGGAGUUCCUUGCUAUGCCGCCGUACAGGAAGGCCCGCUUCGUCAAGUCAGCUUACUGGGCCGUCGCCCGUGUCAAGGCCUCGAGGUGCCCGUCAUUUCUAUCAGGCGAGAUGAGCGCCUGGUGCAGCUGGCCUACCGUCGUGUACAACAAGCGCGGCAAGCCAGACCUGGGGACGCGUCCCCGCCUGCUUCCCGAGAUGUCCGUCCGCGCCGCCUCCAUCGGCUGCGUAGCCAAGGUGUACGAGUUUGUCGAAAACGAAGUCGUCGGCUGGCGGCUGGUCCCGCACCCGGGAUCAGAAGGGGGCUGGUGGAAGUGGAAGUGGGACGACGCAUGCCUCCCGGCCAAAGUCUUGGACGACCUACACUGCGACCUGUCGUCCUUUACGACCAAGAUCAACAAGGUCUUCCGUAUGGACGACAUCAAGUGGGCGCAGGUCUGGCGUUCGGAUUGUGAAUUUGAACGGCAGGUCUGGACGGGGCGGAUGAUGGACCGAGAGGUGUGGGAAGGGUACGGGGACCCCGGCCGCGUGGAUGGGAACGCGUGUUAUUGUCGUUGGGGUAGCAGUGGGUGCGGAAUCUGUGUGCCGCUGCCCGAGGUUGAGUUGCCGGAGUGGGAGCUGAUGACGCCGGAUGAGGUUCUAGAGGAAUCUCAUGUCCUGGGGUUUAUGCGGGAGGCUUUGAGCAAGCUCCCCGAUUUGGAAGAAGCCGUGAAGGAGUAUGUUGGGAAACGCGUUUUUCGUGUUGAAUAUGACGAGGCUACCUAG